UAUAAAAUUCAGAAAUAUCAAGAUAUCCAUCAGACUGAAAGUUACAAGUAUACUGGGUAGACAAAAGAUGUCUACGCUUCUCAGACUGGUCCUUCUAUUCUUGGCAAUAUUUUUUCAAAAGACAAAUGCAACUGAUCAAACCGUUGCUCUAUGUGCUGACCAAAGAGGUAUGAUACGCUGUAAGAAUGGAUUGAAAAUCAAAAUAGUGUCGGCCAACUACGGACGUACAGAUGACCAGGUGUGUCCAGGUGGUAAAACGGAUACACUCACUUGUCGAUCAAAAUCAUCGGAAAUCAGGGUCAGGUGGAAUUGCAACGGUUAUGCAACUUGUCAUCUACAUGCCACAAGCAAACACUUCGGAAACCCUUGCGCAAAUAUUUCCAAAUAUUUGGAAAUUAGUUACCGCUGUGUCAGAAACAUUGACAAUGAUAUACAAGAUAAACCUAUCAUUGCUUUCAAUGCAUACAUAUCAAAACAUCUGACCUUGCACAGAAAUACACCCGUCAAUGUUGUUUAUGACAAAGUAUUUUUCAACUACGGAAACGCAUACAAUCCUCACAGCGGAAUCUUCACAGCGCCAUCUGCCGGGCUGUAUAUUUUUACCUGGACUAGCUUAGUUAAUCCUAAAAGUAUAUUUGACGCAGAAAUCUUGAUCAACGCGAAACGGAAAGGAUUGGGUAAUUGCAACAAUGAAGGUAGCCCGGGGUUUGGAAACUGCGCAAACACAGUACCUUUGGUCUUAAAAGCUGGAGAUAAAGUGAAUCUUCGAACGACCACAGCAAAUUUUCUGUAUCAGGAAUGGUCAAGUUUUAAAGGAUGGAAAGUUUAAUUACACAUUCAACAACUUUGAAUUAUUUUUCUUUAUAUCUUGUUCAGUUUUUUAAUUUGCAUGGUAUAAAAUAUAAAAUACAUGUUUAAAUCUAACUUCCUUUUUUCGAUUUUUGCAUUUCUUCGAAUGUUAAAAACUAUUAUUAUACAUGUCUCUUUAAAAAUCCAAUAAUUA